AGUAAAUCAUGGCUGAUCGAUCCGAAAUUGGCGUGCAUCCACUAACCAGCGAUCCCACAGCGGCCUGGAAGGAAAUCAGUAAGACGCAGCGCGUCAUCAAGAUAACAACAAAGCCACCGACAACCACAGUGGCGCCAAAUAAAGCCCGAGUGGUUUGUAUGAGUGACACACACUCCCUGACUCCAUACAUUAAGUUCGAUAUACCCGAUGGCGAUAUUUUCAUCCAUGCCGGUGACUUCACGAAGUGUGGUCAGUUGGAGGAGGUGGUGGAGUUCAACAAUUGGAUCGGACAACUGCCGCACGCCCACAAAAUUGUUAUAGCCGGCAAUCAUGAACUCAGCUUCGAUCCCACAUUCACGCAUCCUUUCCAGAACAAAGGAAGUGCCGAACGAACAAAACACACGGGCAUGUCCAUAUUGGAUGAUUUGCCCACACUGGGUAAUGCCAAGGAGAACCUGGAGAAGGCAGUACAAACGCAAAAUAUACGCAAGGUGCUGACAAAUUGCACAUACAUCGAGGACGAACUGCUGGAGUUGUGGGGAGUUCGCAUUUAUGGUUCGCCUUGGCAGCCAGAAUUUUGCCGCUGGGCCUUCAAUAUACCACGCGGUCCGCAGUGCCUACAGAAAUGGAAUCAAAUCCCGGCUGGCAUCGAUAUUUUGGUCACGCAUACGCCGCCAGUUGGACACGGCGAUCUUUGCUGCUCUGGAGUACGCGCUGGCUGCGUGGAACUGCUCACCACAGUGCAGCAACGCGUGCGACCCAAAUACCACGUUUUCGGACACGUACACGAAGGCUAUGGAAUAACGAGCGACGGGCGUGUUAUUUAUGUGAAUGCGUCCACAUGCGAUAUUAACUAUCUGCCAAAUAACGCGCCGAUUGUUUUUGAUAUUACACUGCCGCCGGGCGUCAAAAAGGAUUAAUUGUAUAACAAGCCAUGAAAAUCGCGAUGUAACUUAAGCUUAGUUUAACAAUCAGGGAUUUUAUUUGAUGAGAUUUUUAGUUCUACUCCAAAGGUAUUUUAAGUUAGUUUUUAAUUGAACAUUAUGCAGGUGCUCUUAUAUUAUUAUUAUUUAUUACCUUAAAACGAAAAAAGCUCAACAAUUAUAAUGUAAAAAAAAAUUCCCUUAAUUAAAAACGACUCUUAAACUAUUAAAGAAGUUACGAACCCAUCGAACUAGAGUUCGAGUCUAGACAAUUUUUUUGCACCCGCCACCCUCGUCUUAAUUGCAGCUCUGUUGGCGACCGUCGCGACACUGCAAUUA